GCAUCACGUCCGUGUUAUUAAACAGACGUCUGUCCGUCACGUUACAGCAGCUGUCAACUCUUUUGAAUUAUUUAAAAUGCGUCUUUUUUGUGGUACAGAGGAGACGUUAGCCUGACCCGAGCCGAGCUAGCGCAUUUUCUUACCGAGCUCCGGACCAACAUGAUGUCGUUGGCCUCGGUCGCGGUUUUCUCCAGGUUCAUCUCACAUCUUGCCGUAACGAUUUUCACUUCGACUCCAUGUUGGCCGGCGUCUUCCUGAGGUUUCUCCGUCUCUUCCAGGGUGUCCCGCGGUGUUGAGUGUAACUACGUGUCUGCGCUAUCAUGGGCUCCAGGCUGAACUCGCCAUUUCCUCAUCGAGUCCACCAGCUGUGACGUCGCCUCAGGCUCCAGGCGUUAGUCCGUACCCGGCCUGUAUGCAGCCUGUCCGGGGCCCGGCCUAAUUCCUGGUGCUCCUUCUUUCCCACCACCUCCUCCCUCCUUUCCCUACCCUCCUCCCCCCUGUCCCCUCCCUCCCUCCCACCCCCACAACCCCACCCCCUCACAAACUAACACCGACCUCUGCGCGGUGUCCACAGACCGACUCCCAGCGAUAAUCCCGGACCGGCGGCCUGGCUGGCUGCCCCUCUAAAGGUGGAUGAAUGAAGACCCCAUUCAAGAGCCCAGCGGCCCCGCGGCCCCGAGCAGACGGGGGACAUGCAGGCGUGUCAAACAUGAUGAAGAAGAAGAACUCGCACAAGAAACAGAGGACCAGCGUUGGUCCCAGCAAGACUCUGGCUCAGCCCAGAAGGAACAUCGUGGGCUGCAGGAUCCAGCACAUCUGGAAGGAGGGCAGUAAGUCGUCCCAGUGGAAGGGGACGGUCCUGGACCAGGUCCCCGUUAAUCCGUCUCUCUACCUGAUCAAAUAUGACGGCUUCGACUGCAUCUACGGCCUGGAGCUGUACAGCGACGAGCGAGUGGUGGGACUGGAGGUCCUGCCCGACAGAGUGGCUCCGGCCCGUGUGAGCGACUCGAUGCUGGCGGAGACGAUGAUCGGGAAAGCGGUGGAGCACAUGUUUGAGACGGAGGACGGGCCGAAGGAGGAGUGGAGGGGGAUGGUUUUGGCUCGGGCUCCAAUCAUGACCGCCUGGUUCUACAUCACCUACGAGAAAGACCCGGUCCUCUACAUGUACCAGCUGCUGGACGACUACAAGGAGGGAGACCUGCGCAUCAUGCCCGACUCCAACGACACUGUGGCGGCGGAGCGGGAGCCCGGCGAGGUGGUCGACAGUCUGGUGGGCAAACAGGUGGAAUACGCCAAAGAGGACGGCGGGAAGCGGUCGGGGAUGGUCAUCCACCAGGUGGAGGCCAAGCCCUCCGUCUACUUCAUCAAGUUUGACGACGACUUCCACAUCUACGUCUACGAUCUGGUCAAGACCUCCUAAGACCGGUCCGGGACCCCCAAAAAAGACUAACCGAGACCUGCCCAGACCCACCUAAAACCCCACCGUGAGAACCCCAGUAAAGAAAAACAGCUGGGGUUUAAAAACAUCCUGAGACUCACCCUGAUCGAUGGAGACGCCUGAGACAGAUGCUAUCCAUUCUUUACCCUUUCGUUUCUGAAACGCCUUAAAAACAGGAAACAUACCCGACUGCGGAAGUCCAGCCCCCCCUCACCAAGACCGAAGACCUACAAAGCAGCUUCCAGGUCUUCAGAAGACUCACUGAGGCGUUUAUAAAUCACCUUUAUUCUCCAGAUUUCUUUAGACUCUUUUAGGACGCUUCCUCUGACACCUGCUGAAACACAAAACUGGUUCAAGAGCCCCAGAAGAAGACCAGCGACCAGCAGCGGUAUUUGGAUUAACUGUGUUGUUAAAUUUGUGGUGAUAAUAAACAAAAAAAACAUUUUAAACACUCUCUGGAUUAUUUCAAACAACGCGAGACGUCCAGAGAUCCGCGAGGACUCGACGAAAACCGGAAGGUCUCCUGACCGUUUCAGAGUCAAAGCAGGUCUGAGGACAUUUACGUAAACAGAAAGACCUCCUCCCCCCUUUUCCUGAAACCCUGUCAGACCGUUUGAGACGUCCGUUGUCAGAGGAGGGGGAGGCGGCGGGGUGGACAGGUCUGAGUCUGCCGGGUUAAUGAAGGGAUGGGACUUCAGGAGCACAGGGCCCCCCUCCAGAUGACGUGGAAGCUGAACCAUCAUCUGUCUCCAUCUGCAUUCAUAGAAGGUGUAAGUGGACACGCAGGAGGAACUGGUGUCCAAUCACAGAGCAUUUUACUGACCCCGCCUCCCCGCACGGUCCCCUGUUGACGAACAAAGACGCUGACUGGAACCAAGUCUGUAAAGGACGCGGAAGACACAGACUCUUUUACCUUUCUCCAUCCUUUUACCAUUUGUCUUCUGUCCUGUCGCUGUUGACUCCUACAUUACCCACAAUGCAUUUAGGCUCUUACGUUCGACAGUUUGAUAGGCUCAGGUGUCGGAUGUACGAGCUCGUAGAGAAACCGUCUCAUUGGCUGCAUCAGUCGGUCCAAAAAAAUGGCCCGAUAGCAUCGUUAGCCGUCCUCAUUAAACCGGCUAACCGCCUUGCUAGCGCUCGUGCUCAGUGGGAAAUGCUAAUGAUGCUAACGAGCUAUUUUCCCAUCGAAUUAACAGAAACUUUAAAAAAACUCCUUCCUGUGAAUAAUCCAAACGGAGCUCCGUUACUUGUUGGGUCUGUUUAGCCGUUCAGCAGUUUUAGCGUCUCUUUGCGGUGUUAGCAUCUUUGUUAUUUAAACAGUUUUUCCGGUGCAGCUUCAGUUCCCCCGAAAAUGUCGACAUGAAGGUUUGACUGGUUCUUUAGUUUUAUUCUACUUUUAAACGUUGCGACUCCAGCUGAUGUUUUUACACCUGUACCCACUUGUUUAUAUUUGAUUUUUGGCAAAGAGAGGAGUGAAAUAUUCCACGAUGACGACGCUUAAACUUAAACUUUGCAUGGACUCCGGUCCAGAUGACAAGUAGUUCAGGUCAAAUUGCGUAAUCAAUAAAAAAGUUAAUCAAUUAUUAAUACUGUAUAUCUAGGAUGUGUUUAGGGUAAUGACUUUAACCCCCUUUUUAGCAUUUCUAAGCAGUAUAUUUUUACAUUUCAGAGAUGGUUUAUAUCACACUAUGUAAUGAGCAGAUUCAUAUUUAUGAAUGUACAGUAUUUGUCAAUAAUAACAUCUACUAUGAGUAUAUCUUUAAAAUUAGUACAGCUGUGUUUAAUCUGCCCACACGAGGAGUUAUAGUUGUGGAAAGAUACAUUAAUAAAUACCAUGUUAGUCUGCGUACAACUACUAGGUGUUGAUAUACUGCUUAUAGAUGCUAAAUAAGGCGGCGAGGUCUCCGUCUGACCCUGACCACAAAGGAUUUCCCCGAAACGUCUGAAUGUUGCUUUACCGGCUUACUUCAGACAGAUCAGCUCUAAAACAAAUCAGUCCUGAGUUUUUUUUUUUUUCUCAAACCAAAGCAAAGGGAAGGUUAAACUGAAGCAGGCGUCAAGCCCCGCCCCCCUGGCUGAGCUCUGUCAUCUAAUUGGCUGGACUCGGAUGUGUUAUGUUGUGGACCAAACGUGCUGGAAGGUUUUAUUUUAUUUUUUAGUCUGUGUUUGUAUAAAAAUCUGUCCCUCUUCUUUUUGCUGCUUUCAUAUCCACGCGCUGUUUACGUUCUCCUUUUUGUUAAUAUGUUUAUAUCCGCUGGCGCGUACAGAACAGAGCGCCUCGUUUUCUUUGUAUAUUAUCUGUUCUGUUGGUUUGACUCCGCCUCCCGUUGUUCUGUCCCGCGUGCUGUAUAUUUCCCAGUUAGCUGUACCAAGCUCAAAAUGGCUGAACCUUUCUCCCAGCUGCAGCUCCACUGAUCUGGUUGGUUGGUUUUGUGCUGACAUAACGCGUUGUUGUGCUUACAGUUACUAUAAAAGUCCUUUUUCACAGAAGUCCGUCAGAAGCGUGAUACCUUCUGAUUCAUUUCACCUCCCACAAUCCCGUGCUCUUAGCUGAUGUAGCAUGUAGCUCCGCCCGCCACAGUAGGUGUGUAAACAUCGCCACCGGUGACGUUAGCAUUAGCAUAAACAGCCGUGUUGCCUGAGCCACAUCCCACGUGCCUGAAGACCCGAAACUUAAUGUUUUAAAAGAAGGUAAAUGUUUUCAUGUUGUAUCCCAACUGUUUUUAAAUCUGGAACAUUCCCGGUUUGAGCCCCUAGCGUGGGUUCCGCCACAUUUCAUCUGUUCUGUAAUCUAGAAUUUAUAGCACCUGUUUGAGACUGUGGAACAUGUUCCAUCAAAAUGUGUGUGACGCAACCUGCACGUUCUGAUUGCAGAACAUUCUCAACUUUUGGGAAAACUCUUGAAGAAUCUGAACGUGUCCCGUCGCAAAGUGAUUCUAGAAAGCGUUAGACUCUCGUCACGGAACCCACAUGUUCUGGUUCUUUUGGUAGUGUUGAGUUCUGGAUUUCUGAUUCUAGAAUCGAGCGUUUAAGCACUUUAAAUUACUUCGGGAACGUGUCCCGCCGCAACUUUGGCAACGUGUUUGAAACCCUCCUGUUCUGACCCGUGGCUUGAGAACUGUAUUGAGGUCUGGUUUGGGUUCUCGCGUUCUCACUCUAGAAUAUUUAAUAUUACCAGUUCUAGAAUCUGAUUAAUUCUAGAACCCGGUGACUAGAACAAUCUCAAGCUUGCCUGUUAGAACCCGCGUGUUCUGAUUCUAGAACACACACCCGGCAUCCUCAUUGUAGUGUGUUUUUGCGGUUUCAGUUGUUCUGAUUUUAGAAUUGGAACGUGUGCAACCUGUUUGGAACCCUCCUAUUCAGAACACGGAGACCCCAAUGUGCAUUCUCGUUGACAGAACCCACGCAUUCGGAUUCUUUGUAGUGUUGACUUCUGGAACUUUCUUCUCAUAUUGAAAUACACUCGUUCUGACUCUAGAAUCAAGCACUAACACUACGUCUCCACAGUCCAUCAGAUUUUCUGGAACAUGUCCCAUAAAAAUGUGUGUUUCCUGAAGGAUGAACACGUUCGGGUUCUAAAGGGUCAGAGACUCUGGGUUUGAGAACUGUAAUGAUAUCCGGUUUGGGUUCUCGUGUUCUCACUCGCGAUCAUAUAACCUUAGCACUUCCUCACUGUUCUAGAAUCAGAUUUCCUGAAAUGCACGGCUACAAAUUCUAGAACCCGGAGACCAGAGCAAUGCAGAGCGCGCGUUUUCAUGUCGGAACCCAACACGACAGUUCUAGAACGUUAAUUUUCCUAAGAUUUAAAUCCCUUGUUCUGACCGUACAAUCAGGAACGUGUCCCGUCACAAAGUGCACAACGUAUGUGGAACGUUUUUAUUUAGCUUCCCGUUCUAGAUCACGGAGACUCCUCUUUUGAAGAAGACCUGCGUUCUCAUCACGGAACCCGCACGUUCUGUUUUCUCGUUGGGAAGAACACUGAAAAACUGCUCAGAACAUCCACGGCCGGAGAGGAAACACCAGGGGGUUCGUUGUUUUAGUUUUGUUUUUUCGCGGUGUGAUCGUAAAACGAGUACCGUGAGAUCUUAAUGUAACAAACUCGUCCUCUAGAGAUCACAACGUGUUUGGUGUUUCCGUGGAUCUCAGUGGCUCACGAGCUGUCAAACGUUUCUUUUUGUGAUCACAAGAAAAGAAGACGCCCGUGAGUUCUGUAGCUCUGCAAAAUAUUUACCGUUAAAACGGACGGCGGGAGCAGGUGACCUCGUUUCUUUGUUUCAGAGAGCUUCAGGUGGAAAUGUGCGUUUACUCUGCUCACCUGGUCGGCCCUGAGACUUUAUUAGCCUUGUUACGGCCAGUUUAUACCUCUGUGUUGAAUAUACACGUAGCCUGGCGCUCGCCUCCCAAAAUGUAACUACACGCCGCUGCGACACAGGCUACAAGAACUGAUUGGUCGGCUUGGUAGCGUUACAUUUCCUCCUGCGCUUCUUCUGCCUCAACGACCUUCUGUCACGUUUCUGCGUUUUAGUGAUUUCACUAAAAGUAACUGCUGUUCAACAUCGAUCAGCUCCGACUCCAACGGGAUCCGUUCGCUUUCAGUCGCCAUUAUUUGUAGCAGCCUACACCAACAAAGAAGAAAUUCAACCGCCAACAAGAGCGACGCGGACUCCAACGCUCGAGCAUAAAUGCCCACGGCGCCACUUCGCCUGCAACUCAAUGCAGAAGUAUAAACUGGCCUUAAAGGUUCUGGCUGGACCCGACCUGUCCGAUUCUUGACUCAUUCUCCCGCCAGAAACCCCACCGCCAACAAGUGUUUUGGCGCCGUAACUGCACAGCGACGCAGACACCAACGCACAAUUAUAAAUAGUCACGAGUAACUUGGCGUUUAGCCGUUUCUGGCUCUGCUUCUCCGUCUCUGGCUUCCUCUCCCGCCUCUUUACUUUAACCCGUCUUCACUCCCGUCACCACGGAAACAUGGAAGCUGUCGGACCGUUUGUCUUUCAGUCAGAGGAAUCAGCUGUACCCACAAUGCACCUUGCCUCAGGCCCGUGAACCAUGGGGGCGUUUAGGCUGUAGUAAAGACUCCUGGGUGGGUGGGGGGGGGUAAAACCAGCGUCUGGGUGGAUCUACAGCCUCCAUGAUGUGGACAUGAGUUAGCGGUGUGUUCAGGAGCCGACACGGCGUUCGUAUUUUACAGAAGACAUUGAUCAGUGUGCGUGUGAGCGAGUGUGUGUGUGUGUGUGUGCGUGCUGUCGAUCAGCCCCUGUUCAGAGCAGUGUUGUUUUUGCAUGCCUAUAUUCUAGCUCAGUGUAAAUCGAUGUGAGUUGCAUGUCCGUGUAGUUUUCAGUUGUUCGGCUGACUUCUGUCUGUGGUGGCUUUGGGUGCCUUUUGUUUUAUUUCUGUUUGUUUUGUUUUUCUUUCCCUGUUUUUCUUUUGUACCGUGUGUCCCAGAGGCGGCUGUUUUUGUUUGUUUUUUUGGGUUGGGGGGGUUAUUGAGCAAAAAAGAGAAAUAAAUGAAAAUGAAAAGAAUAUCCUCUUAGAAGCAGAACUGCCAGCGGUCAUCAUCACGCUCGAGGUGAUGACGGCUGUGACUUGUGUUUUUGGGGGGAUUGUCCCUUUAAAGAGUGCCAACUUACAGAUGCCAGUGUUGUACAGCGGUGAAAAAGCUCACACUAUUUACUAAAAAUAAACCAUUUCUCUGUUUUUUUCCA